AGUCACGUGGCGCGGGCGGGGCCGCCCCCGUAUUUCCUGCGGGUCACGUGGCGAGUGCCCGGCGUUGCCGUGGCAGCGGCGGAGGCGGCUCCGGCUCCCGGGUGGCGGUGGCGGCGCUGCCGGGGCGCCGAGCGAGGCCAGCGGAGGGGGCGGCGCGCCCUCAGAGCCCUCCACCCGGUCCUCCAUGUCUGUAGUCAGCGAGAGUUACUUACGUACUCUUAACAAGAUGCAUUGGAUCUGGUCCGUGAUGCAGUGUGGAAUUAAACUGUCAGCUUAAAACAAAAUGCAUUUCUUUCAUCAUGAGUUCUGAAUUAAAUGUUCCGGUGGAUCCUUCCACUCCUGCUUGUUGCUCUGAACCUGGCACAAAAGGCAUGGAUUAUCGGGACUGGGUCCGACGCAGCUAUCUGGAACUGGUCACAUCAAAUCACCACUCCGUUCAGGCCCUUUCAUGGAGAAAAUUGUACCUGAGCCGAGCCAAACUGAAAGCUUCCAGCAGAACCUCUGCUCUGCUCUCUGGAUUUGCCAUGGUUGCCAUGGUGGAGGUGCAGUUGGAAAUGCAGUACAAGUACCCCCAGAUGCUGCUGAUCGCUUUCAGUGCCUGCACCACCGUGCUGGUGGCAGUUCAUCUCUUUGCCCUGCUCAUCAGCACCUGCAUUCUGCCUAACGUGGAAGCGGUGAGCAACAUCCACAACCUGAACUCCAUCAGCGAAUCCCCACAUGAGCGCAUGCAUCCCUACAUAGAGCUGGCGUGGGGCUUCUCCACAGUCUUGGGAAUCCUCCUUUUCCUUGCGGAAGUUGUGCUUCUGUGCUGGAUAAAAUUUCUGCCUGUGGACUCCAUCCUGAAAAAUGACACCACUACCAUCCAGAAGCCCAGCGGCCACGCGGGUUGGCAGGCGGCCCUGGUCUCCACCAUCAUCAUGGUCCCAGUGGGUCUGAUCUUUGUUGUCUUCACCAUUCACUUCUACCGGUCUUUGGUGCGGCACAAAACGGAGCGCCACAACCGGGAGAUUGAAGAGCUUCACAAACUGAAAGUGCAGUUAGACGGGCAUGACAGAGGCAUGCAGGUAGUGUGACAGAGAGGCAGAGGGCUGCUUCCAGCAAAUCCACUUAGCUGAGGCUAAGAGCAAAAUACCUGUUUUGCUAGUUGGCGAGACACACUGAUGAUGGAUUGUUUUGAGGCUUAAAUAUCUAAAUGCUAAUUGCCUGCCAUAUGUAGCUGUGGGUUCUAGUGCUGUUUCAGAUGCUGUGGUCUCUGGCCUGUUUCUGGUCCUACACACUUGUAUAUUUAAAUAGACACUGCCAUGGAGUUAAAGGCCAGAACUUUAUCUACCUUAACGUUGGUGCAAGUAGCCAAAUAUCUGUAUUUUUUACAAAUGCAACAUUCUUUUGCCAAGUGUAAAACUGCAUCAGCUGUCUAAAAAGCCAGUGUGUAUGUGUGUGUGUAGGACCUGUCUUAUGUGUCAGACCUCCCUGGCUGUCGGUGCAGCAGCACUUAGCUGGCAGCUUGUUUCUAGAGCUGAGCUGGUUAACGAUGGUAUCUGCGGUCGACUUGAGGACAUCCAAGAAAGCACAAUAGAAACUGUGAGUGUUCACUGCCUUCAUUCCAAAAUGGUUGUUCCAGAAAUAGGAAACCAGAAAGAAAUCAGCCUUAGCUUUUAUUUUCUUUUUUUGCUAUUCCUUACUAUAAUUUUUACAACUGGGGAGGUAGAAUUUGCAGGAGGCUGGGAAGUUCUGUCUUGCUUGCUUCAACAGCUUCUGUUGUCUUAGAUGGAACGAAUGCCAAGAUCGUGUGAUCUUUCCAAUGCAAGGCAAGUGUGUCCAGGGAAGGCUUACAGGUGUGUUAAUUCUAACAAGGACAUUCUUAGAACAGAACAGUGGCAAGGAAUUUAAUGAGACGUAGAACUUUGAACGACUAGAAAAGCAAGUUUCAAGGAGGUAAGGAGUAAUAAUAGCAUAUAGCAUACUGUGGAAAUCUGUUGCUAUGUCAUCUUCAUUUAUGUACUGUUGCAAUGUCUCUUGCUAGCCUGGUUUGCUGGAGAGGACAAGCCCCAACUCUGUGUAUUUCAACACUUUUGAUUGUCAGUUGUAGCAUUAGCCCACAGAAAACAAAUGUUUCCUUCUUCCCCACCAAAGCAAACAACUCCUCUGGUGGAACCUGGCGUUGUAGCGAUAAGUCUGAUGGAGCUGGAUCCAUUGGGAGAGCUGUAUGCCAUUAAAGAGCUAUCACAUUUCAUUUGAGCUGGCUUUUUUUCAGCAGCAGAGAAAACGACCCUUGCAUGUCUGUAUUGCUUAGCAAGGAAGGUCUGUAAAUUCUAUUAGCAUCCUUUUCAGUGAAAACUUCUGUAAAAAUGAUUUUAUGAUUUAUGGUAACUUUAUGGAGGGAAAAGUGCUUUGCAACCAUCAGCUCUUCUAAGGAAAGGUAAGACUUUCUGACACACAACACUGAAAGAAGUGCAAGCGCAUUUUCUUUGCCCUGCUCUGUGCUUGAACAUCACGGUUUUACAGUCUCUCAGGCUUUACAGGUUUCUAAAAUCAUUAAGGAUGUUUGUAAUGUUCUAUUUAACCCUGGUCCUUUAUUCCACUGGGAUUUAAGAAAUCCAGUGUCAGUAUAUUACGUGUCAGCUUCCCAGAGUGGAGGGUGCGUGUAAAUCCCAGUGCAGCAGGAGAGACUAUCCCUGUAUUUCUCUCCGAGGAGGGCCUUGGGAACCCAACUCUAAUCUUUCUUGUUUACACAUGAGUUUGAUCGUUGCCGAACAAAUUGCUUAUCGCCGUGUCUGUGGCUUUCAUCUGUUGUUCUUGCCUCGGUUGGCAUGUACCAUAUUGGACAAUCUGCAGCAAAGAAAAUCGUUUUUGUGUACUAAACGCUUAGUCUGUACUGCUUGUGCUCAGAUACAAAAGAUGUGUCCUCCAGGAAGUGGGUGGUCAUAAAAUUCAUCUGGUGUCCCCAGGAAUCUCUCCUUUCUCCCUCCUGUCUCUUUUUUUUACCACAAUAAAAAUUAAAGGUUUAUAUAAUAAAAUCAGAGUUGAGUUUUCUGCCAAGUGUUACAUAUGUAGGCUCCUUUACCAACACAGUUUCUAUCGUGAGGCCAGAGCCAGAGCAGAUAGGAUGAAUCUCUUGUCUGUACUUUGCUCUCUCUUAUCACAUGAGUAAUAGUAGGACUACCUGUGUUUGCUGUGGAGCCCAGGAGGUUUGACAUCAGUUGUAGAGAAAGUAUUGAGCUGUUUUUGUAAUUAAAAAAAGAACAAGUUUCACAGUGCACACACAGUGCUGUGAAAACAAUGCAGCUCACUUUGAAACCACCAGAUUGUUCACUUAAUUCAUUGCAAAUAAAAUAAACUUCAGCAAAUGGAGAAAUGCAGCAGAGGCUGUGCUUUGAUUUUUCUAGAAUAACUUGGUAAGGCUUUGCUGGGAGUGUAUUCAAGAUAGUCUCAAGGCAGCACAUCGGUGACUGGAGAGGGAUUGCCUUACUCCAGCGGGGAGUUUGGGGUACAGUUUGAGAUAGUUUCCCAAGGGUGAAUACACUUAGAACAGCAUAAUCAUGCCUUUCCCCCCUGCUUCUGUUCACAGCUCUUUCUGCUGUCCCUCUGGGCACGGAGUUCUCCUUUCCUUCAAAGCCCAUGGGAGAAUUUUGCUCUUUGGCUCUGGUGUCAGGGAUCUUUCUAGUCUACCCAUCGCCUUCUCGCUGUAAUUCCUCUUUCUUGUCUUUCCCAAGAACAGGGAUGCCUUUUCCUGCUUCUGCCUCUCAUCCUCGGUCCUGCUUACAUCUUCACUGCUGUUUGGGUCCAGACUUGUGUUGCAAAAAGAUUCUGUGGUAUCGGCGAGCAGCAGAAAUGGGAAUUAAUCCCUAAGGGAGCAGGGAUGCUGUACUGGUCCAGACAGUUGUUUUUGUGCUGCGGUGCCAGAAAAUCCUCCUUGCUGCUGCUGCUGCUGCUGCUGCCCCCGUGGCUGUCAGCAGGAUUCCCGUCAGUGAAGCACGGAGAUGCCUUUCUGUCCACGCUGCUGCUUGCGUCCCGGCGGGCCUGGCAGCGUGUCGUGCCGCGUCCGCGUUUGCCGGCUGGUGCCUGGCCGCGAGUGUCUUGUGCUGCUGCCGUUGCUGGGCUUGCGGGGGCUUUGUGCGGCUCCCUUUGCCGGCGUGCCGGCUCCCCCCUUGCCUGCGUGGGGAUGCUUCUCCCGAGGGUCCCACCCUCUGGCUGGGCCUUGGCUGGGGUCCCCCAUCCCCGUGGGUUUGUUGGCUUUCUGUACUGUCUGGGCCCUGGGGUGCUGCACUAUGGGGUGGCUGUUACCCUGAUUUUCAGCUCCCUUGGGCUGGGAGUCUCUGGGCCGGUUCUUGCCUUGUUCAGACCAUUCCCCUGCUUAUUCAGUGGGGCUUGCCCAGGCCCUGGGCUCCAGCCUGGGCUUGCUGCAGGGAACAGCCACCGUCUCGCUCCAGGGUCUCGAGUCCUUCUUUUCCUCAGUUCUUCCUGAGCAGCUUUUCCCUGGCAGACAGCAUCACGCUGCCGACUCCAUCCCGGGAAGGGUUCCUCGGCCGGCUGCCGCCUGCCUUUCCUGAAGCGGGGGUGAAGCUCUCCAGCAUCGCUAUCCAGCCCUGCUGCUUUGCGUUCCCAGGCACCUCCUUGCUUUAGGAGGCGAUUCCUCUCUCCUCCCCUCAUUAGCAGGAGUCAGGACCGGGCCUGGCAGCGAGUGCGAGGAGCCGACAACGCCCGGGAGCAGGAUCAGGUUCUCCCUUUGGCUGCAGGUAGUGGCGGCUCUUACUUUGCAAGCUUCCCAUUUUGAACGUAGCUCCGGGGCAGACCUGUCUUUCCACGCCUGCCCCUGUUGUAGUGGUGGAUGUAUGGCUCUUAUGGGAGAUCUUCUUGCAGGAGGAGAUGGAGUAGGUGUUAGAUGUGACAAGCUGGGCCUGAGCCACGUGACAGAUGGAAGUGAUAUUGUGCAAGAGCCGCGGGUGGAGCGCGCUGUGCCAUAAGUGCUCAAAUAUGUGGAAGUGUUUAUAGAAAGCUGGUGGACAGGAUGCAGCCGCAGAGCUAAAAUCCUUCCAUUUCUUGACGCUGGGACUCGAGGCCAGGCAGAAGGUUGCCAUUCGCAGCCCGCUGCUGUGACCGGGGUGAGCCUGCAUCGCGCCACUUGCACAUGCGGUUCCUUUGGGGGAUUUCCUGACACCCUUUCUGUUCUUUCCUUUCCUUUAAAAAACAGACACCCCUCCAGAUUCCCUGCUUUUAUAGCUUUAUCUUCUAAUUCUCGUUUUUUCUACCUUAAGACAGCUUCCUCCAUAAACGCCGGCCAGUGAGGCACAACCUCGAAUUCGGCUCCCUGCACAACUGCGCCAGCGUGUUUACUUUCUGAUUAUCUUCUCACAGGCUGUCUACUCUGUACGUUUUUUUUAAACAAGAAAGUGGUUUCAGUAAUUAUUUGCUGAUUGAAUUUGAAAAACACUCCCGUGAAUACUUACCUGUAUGUACAAUUCGGCACUUGCCUCCUUCCAGAGUUGUUAAGGACUGAUAAAGAGUGGGAUGUUGAUUCAGUUAAGUGCUAGGAGGAAAAAAAGCCUCAGUGUUUUAAACUUUGCCUAUUCUUGACUUAUCUAUGCAUGAACAAUAUUUUAUGUAGAAUAAUACCUGUACUCAGCUGUUGUCUAGCUGUGUGAAUGAAACUGGAUAAACAUGUGAAGUUUUACAUUUCUUGCUGAUUUCAGACUGAUUUUUUUGAAAGGCAGCUCAAGUUCUCCAGCAUCCUCUAUUGGUUAACUCGGGUGGUUUUUGUUUUGUUUUGUUUUCUUUUCUUCUGUAGCUUUGUCAGAUGUUAAUUCUUCUCCUUUUAAAAUAUAUGAGUAAACAUC